AUGCGUGUUCAACUUUUAUUUAUCUUGGUUUUAUUAGCAAUUAUUUAUGAAUAUCAUUGCGAAGAAACUACUGCAGAAGCACCAGUUUCAAAUGAAAUGAAAAAUUCUGAAACUAAAGAUGUAAAAAAACCAAAUCGUAAUGAUGAUGACGAUGAUGAUGAUACAGAUUCAAAUAGAAAAAGACCAAGUAAAAAUAAUGAUGAUGAUGAUGAUACAGAUGUUAGACCUUCAAGAAAACAAUCAAAACGACGUCGUAAAUCACCAGAUUAUGUUGGUCAUAUGAAUAUCUAUCUUAGAGGUUCAUCUAAAAGUGGUAAAAAAGGAAAAUCAAAAAGAUUUCGUUUUCCUGUUGCUCGUUAUAAUCGUCGUCGAUAUCCAUCAUUUGGUCCACUUAUUAAUUUUCUUCCAUGGUUACCAAUUUUUGUUGAACGUCGAACAAAACAAACAAUCAUCUAUUCACCACAAGGCGGUGUUUAUAUUCUUCCACCAGUAGUUAAUUUUUAUGGAGAAGUUUACUCUGUUGGUGAACUUAUUUCAUCAGGUUAUGCAAGUUUAGUUAGUACUGGUGCUUCACCACCACCUGCUGUUGAUGUUGCACCAUUAGUACAAACUGGUGCAGUUGUUGGUCCUGGUAUACCAACUGUAAAUCUAGCAACAGGUGGUUUUAAUGGAGCUGUUCAAACAAAUUUUGGUUCAUUUCCUGUUCCAACAUAUGCAAAUUUAUAUGGAGGAACACAAAAUUAUCAACAACAAGGUCAAACUGCCAGAUUAUACGGUGGUUAUCGUUGA